AUGGGAAUGUGGCAUGAAGUUGCGUUACACCUACUUCUACAACUUUAUUCUUCUAUGCCCCCACUCUUACAAAAUCAUCUUCUCCCUUUCCCUUUCCUUUCCUUUUCCCUUCCAUCAUUCCCUCCAACACCUCUCUUUCUCUCUCGCCAACGCAAUUGACUGCUUGAUGGCCUGAACACUUGAACCACAAAGCUAUCUCACCUUGUUAUCAAGCUCUCUGAUUGUGCGUCUAUCAAUGGCGAAAGCCAAUAUUGGGUCAUUCUUCAAUAAGUUCCUUUCUCUUUUCAUCCUUCUUCUCCACCUUGGUUGCUUCGUUUUCACCGCCGCUAAAGACAACCAUAAAGCAACCAAGAAACGCAAAUCCUCACCUCUUUCUCCUAACUCUCACAAACACCGCAAAGCUCUUUCCUCCACAUGGACUUUUCUCAAACGCAUUUUUUCUUCUAAAGCCAACUGCAUAAACACCAUCCAGGCCGCACACCCUCCAACAUCAGCAACCACACCGGCGUUAACCUCUGCAAGAAACUCCCAACAUUCCCUUGUCUCCAUGUCCAUGAUCAAUCCACCUGAAACUCACCUAUCAGACAGCCCUCCCCCACGUUCUCAAAUACAAUCCGGGUCUUGUCCAGAAUCCGGUAUCUCAUCCGACUACCCGUUUUUCCCUCUACGUAACGAUAUCUUCCCAUGCACAGCUUGCGGCGAGAUUUUUCAGAAAUCCCAUUUGCUCGAACAACACCAAGCAACCAAACACGCCGUAUCCGAACUCGUUGAUGGCGAUUCAGGUAACAACAUAGUUCGGAUCAUAUUCAAAACCGGUUGGACCGACAAAGUUAAGAGCCCUGAAAUCCACCGUAUUUUGAAGAUCCAUAACAGCCCAAAAAUUCUAACCAAGUUCGAAGAAUACAGAGAGGUUGUCAAAGCGAAAGCCGCUAGAAACGGUGCGAUGGGGAGGCGAGACGAGAGGUGCAUAGCUGAUGGGAACGAGCUGUUGAGAUUUAAUUGCUCAACUUUCACGUGUGAUUUGGGACUUAACGGGAGUUCAAGCAUUUGCAAUCAACAAUACUGCAGCAUUUGUGGGAUAAUUAAGUCUGGUUUUUCACCCAAGAUGGAUGGAAUCUCCACGCUAUCGACGAGCUGGAGAGCGCACAUGGCGAUCCCCGAGGAUGUAGAGGAAGAGUUCAAGUUCAUGAACGUGAAACGGGCCAUGCUUGUGUGUCGGGUGGUGGCGGGUCGGGUUGGAUCAGAAGGGGAAGAAAUAGACAAGGAAGAUGGUGGGUUUGAUUCGGUGAUCGGAAGGGGAGGAGGGAGUGGCGCAUAUACCAAGCUUGAUGAGGAAGAGCUGUUGGUUUUCAAUCCAAGGGCGGUGCUGCCUUGCUUUGUCAUUGUGUACACUGUUUAAGCGUGAGAUCGUAUGUUUUUGUACCUUUCUGCCUGUGACCAAAAAAAGGUUUACAGCUUAAAUUAACCAUUUGAUCAUGGAGAUUGCUGUGAAGCUUUGAUAGAUUAUUUCUGCUGUGUUAAAUUAGAAUUUAACUUGUGUAUCUGAGAAUGUAAUGUAAAUUCUGUGUUUGAAUAAGAGAUCAGAAUUUUCUUUUCCACCA